CAUAAGCAACUAAGCAAGCAGCUAGCCCCAAACAAGGAAACUAGUGUAAAGCAGAAAGAGAUCAUGGGCAUGAACAAGCACAUGGAAGAAGCGGCUGACCCCGUCCGGAUAGUAUCCCGGCGCACGAUCCAGCCGCGGUCGCCGCGGGCGCCGGAGGAUAUCCACCUCACGCCAUGGGACCUCUGCCUCCUCACCAUAGACUACAUCCAGAAGGGCCUACUGCUGCCCAAGCCUGCAGAUCCCGUCGACGACCUCGUGGACGCUCUCGCCUCGUCCUUGGCGCUCGCCCUGGACCGGUUCUACCCGUUGGCCGGCCGUCUCGUCGUGGACCACCACCACCAGGUGCCCGACGACGACGGGAAGAUGAGCAUCACCGUCCUCCUGCGCUGCGCCGGGCAAGGCGCCGAGCUCGUCCACGCCACGGCUCCCGGCGCCGCCGCAAUGGACAUCGUGGGCUCGGUGCACACCCCGUCGUCGCUCGUGUGGGCGCUGUUCCCGCUAAACCAGGUGGUCGGCGCCGACGCCGCCGUGGAGUCGCUGCCCCUGCUGUCGGCGCAGGUCACCGAGCUAGCCGACGGCGUCUUCGUCGGCGUCUCGAUGAACCACUCCGCCGGCGACGGCACCGCCUUCUGGGAGUUCUUCAACGCCUGGUCGGAGAUCAAUCGACGUGGCAACGAGAUGUCGAGCCGGAGGCCGGUGCAGCAACAAAGGUGGUUCACCGGCACCAGCCCCGUGCCGAUCGCCAUGCCGUUCAGCAAGCUGCAGCACGUCGUCCAGCGGUUCCAGCGCCCGGCGGCGGUCGCGGAAUGCUUCUUCACCUUCUCCGGCGCGAGCAUCAAGAAGCUCAAGGCGAGGGCUAACGACGAAAUCGAAAUGGCCGGCGGCGCAGGUGCCAUAAUAAUCUCCUCGCUCCAGGCGCUUCUCGCGCACCUCUGGCGUGCGGUGUGCCGAGCCCGGCUUGCCCGGCCGGAGCAGGAGACGAGCUACUCCAUGCUCGUGGGAUGCCGGGGCCGCGUGACCGGCAUACCGGAGGACUAUAUGGGCAACGCCGUGACGUUCGGCAAGGCGAGAUCGACGGCCGGCGAGAUCAUGGGCAACGGGCUGGGCUGGGCGGCGCUGCAGCUGAACCGCGUCGUGGCGUCCUUCGACGAGGCGUCCGUGCGGGAGUGGCUGGGCCGCUGGGCCGCGGAUCCCCGGUUCGUGUACAACGGGGAGGUGUCGUCCGGAGGUACGGCGCUGGCGACGGGGAGCUCGCCGAGGUUCGACGUGUUCGGGAACGACUUUGGGUGGGGGAAGCCGGUCGCCGUGAGGAGCGGCUCAGGGAAUAAGAUCGACGGGAAGGCCACGGUGUUCCAGGGCCCCGAGGAGCAGGGAGAAGGGAGCAUGUCGCUCGAGGUCUGCGUCGCGCCGGACGUGCUGGACAGGCUUGUCAACGACCUCGAGUUCAUGGAUGCUGUCAGCGUGCCAACCUAGAUGAUGAGAUCGAUCGGAAACUAGCUAGCUAGGGUGUUGGAUUUUCUAAGCCUUUUAUUAACCGCUUUUGCUAGGGUUCAAUGAUGGUAUGGCCGUAUGGGAAAUAAGAAUUUCGGAGUCGACGACGUGAUCCGUCCGAUCGACUUUCAGAUUCAUGCAGCUGCCUUUGUGUUUUUGUUCAUGUGUUUUUAAUAUAGAAGAUGGACGGUUAGAUUCAUGGACCGAGAAACUGCUAUUUCUCAAUCGACUCCGCCGUAG